AUGCAAGGGAUGUGGAAAGAUGUUGAUGAUGAGGAGACCUAUUUGUUUGACUGUAGAAACUUCCCCGAAGAACCGUGUUGUGAACCCUGGAAGCGUGCAGAGAUGGAGGCCAGAGAAAGAUCAGCUCCUUCUGCCUCUACCGAAACCCCUGCACCAGACCUGCAAGACUCUGAUUUCCUCCCUUCUGUUUCCCUUGCUGCCUUUUUGGCCCUCGUGUUUGUCUUUGUUUCUAUGAUCCUGCUCCAUCAUGGUAACAGCCACUUAUCCUUGGAUGACUACAGGGCUGCGAGCCCCACCAAGAAUCAAUUGCCCAAAAGCCGGCUUGGACUCCUUCGCCUUCUCUUCCCAAACCAGCCAGAAACUACGUGGCAGAUUCUGCAGCAAUACAUAUGUGGCCAGCUGGGAGGGACAAAUCCUGACAAACCUUGGGUCCUGGUCACCGCUGGGCUGGGUGAUGCAAGAAGCACACUUCUGUGCCUCACCAAAGCAACUCUUUCCCUCCUGACGGAGGAGAGUGCCGUGAAACUUCGAUAUCUCGAGCAAAGUAGUGUCUGGCUUCCCUGGAGGGGCGUCCUGGAAAAUGGGACCUGUGAUAUCUCUGCUGCAGAGAUUUAUGUGGGGCAAAGUCUUGUACCUUACGGCAUAAUGGUGUCCACACGGAGCUAUGUGGAUGGAAAACGGUUGGCCACCAAGAUCAACCUUGCUGUUCUGCUGAAUGGUAUCAAACGAGCACGGGAAGAGUUCCUCCUCCAAGUCUUCACUCCCAGACUGGUGUCUGACAUUUUGAAUACUGUUCUCUUUGCUGAUAGGGCAGUGGAUAAAUUGGUGGCUUCUAAUGGGAGCUUCCUUGUCCUCCUGGUAAGGUCUGAACAGUAUUUGGAAAGUGGUUUUGUUUGCUGAGGAGCAGGUGUCUGGAACGCCAACACUCUCAGAAGAGGACACCUUCCUGUCAAUGUCUAGUGUGGCUGCAGAGUAACAAGAGAGUCUGGAUAGCAUGCAUUAAAAAACAGAAGCCACUGUUCCUUGGGUUUUGAAGAUUAUAUGGGUUAAGAAACUUUCAAUCUGAAUUGUGACAUCAGGAGCACUACCCUGGUUCCAGUCAGCUGUAUUCCUGGAAAUAAACACACCCAGUAUUGUCUACACUGACUGGCAGCAGUCCAGAUUUUAGGCUGGGUUCUCUCCCAGUCCUAUGUGGAGAUGUUGCAGGAGACGGAUCCUGGCAUCUUCUGCAUACAAAACAGAUACUCUGCCAUUGAGCUGCAGCCAGCAAGCCUGGAGGAUUAAAUGCAUCCUGUUUUUCCGAAUCACUGGCUGGCCACUCACACACCUAUGGAAAGCCCAGAAGCAGGACCUGAGUGCAACAGCACUCUUCAAUUUCUAAUUCUCAACAACUAGUAUUCAUAGCCAUACUGCCUCUGACAGUGCAGUGUGUUAUAAAGCACAUUGGGUUGGAAGGGAGAAGAGGUUCUUUUUUUGGCAACUGAAACAAUGCACAGAGGUAAUAAGACCAAGGACUACAGUUACCCAGCUGCACCACUAAACUGAUAGUCUGAGGUAUACUGCCUCUGAAACUGGAAGUUCCAUUACAGUAUAUUAUGGCCAAUGAAUAAAGGAUGGUACCUCUGGAAUUUGGGAAGGGAGGGAAGGAUUUUAGUGGUUUGCCAAUUGGCUUUGCCCAUCCCAAUGAGGGUGAUUGGUUGUGGGGCGGGCUUGCUCCAUGUUGAGACACCAGAGCGGAGGGGAAAGGGGAGGGGGGCAGGAUGUGUGUUAGCCUGGCUUCCAAAUGAGAAGCAGAAUGAUGGGAGUUUUGUGUGUGAUGAGAGCAUGAAGGCAGUUCACAAACACAUAUCCAGAGUAAUCAGAGGAUAUUUAGUAUUUUGCCAGUCUCUUCAAGCAGCGCUGGGCAAUGUGCUUCCAACACGUCUUGUAAAUCUUGCUUAGCCAGCUAAUAUUUAUGACCCCCCACAACAUGACCUUUCUGAAGAUAAAUUUGAGGAGCAGUAUGCUUUUACUUGGGAUUCUGGUGGCGCUGUGGGCUAAACCACAGAGCCUAGGGCUUGCCGAUCAGAAGGUUGGCAGUUCGAAUCCCCGCGAUGGGGUGAGCUCCUGUUGUUCGGUCCCAGCUCCUGCCAAACCUAGCAGUUUGAAAGCACAUCAAAGUGCAAGUACAGUGGUACCUCGGGUUACAUAUGCUUCAGGUUACACACUCCAUUAACCCAGAAAUAGUGCUUCAGGUUAAAAACUUUGCUUCAGGAUAAGAACAGAAAUUGGGCUCCGGCGGCGCGGCAGCAGCAGGAGGCCCCAUUAGCUAAACUGGUGCUUCAGGUUAAGAACAGUUUCAGGUUAAGAACAGACCUCUGGAACGAAUUAAGUACUUAACCUGAGGUACCACUGUAGAUAAAUAGGUACCGCUCCAGCGGAAAGGUAAACAGCGUUUUCAAGAGCUGCUCUGGUUCACCAGAAGCGGCUUAGUCAUGUUGGCCACACGACCUGGAAGCUAUACGCGACUGGACCUAAUGGUCAGGGGUCCCUUUACCUUUUAUGCUUUUACUUAGCAGUCGUUCAACUAUAAAUUAGCCCCUUACAUAUAGGAGAUGCUGGAUCAGGCCGCCAUUAGGCUUCUUGGCAAGCCAUGCCCCUUCACCAUUUUAUAUUGCUUUGACUGAUUCAUUGUAUUUUAUUGUGUGUUUUCUUUCAUAUUAAUAUUCUCUUCAUUGCUUGGGGGGGGUGGCUCUGCACACACAAAAGUAAACAAACCAUAAUAUCACUUACAAAUGCAGGAGAUUUUUAUUAUUAUUGUGGGAUCACCUUAUCUGAUAUGUGCCCACUUGGGCCCUGUUACUGGUUCCACAGAAUACUUGUUCCACACUUGCAAAAAGUCAAACUUUUACUGUGGCAGCACAUAAACUUUGGAACUCCUUGCCAAUUGAAAUCAAGUGGGAAACCUUUGUGGUAUUCUUUUCGGUGCCUGCUAAAAACAUUUUUCUGUUGGAAAGCUGAUAUGGGCAUGUCGAUGUUAACGUGUUUUAAUCUCUUGACUAUUAGUUUCAAUUAUCUUUAAAUGCUUUUGUUUUUAACUUUUUAAAAAAUGGGGGGGGAGUAUUGUUUAGAGGUUUUAGCACAAUCAAGCAGUAUAUUAAUGAUGUUAAAAAAUACAUUUAUACCUGUUUCCACCAUCAAUGGACAUGGUCCAUUGUAAUGUAUAAGGGGGAAAGUUUUUGCCCUCCCACCAGGGUUUCGAAGCUACAGUACUAGAAGGAGACAGUGGAAGGUGUUAAGGAGAGAAAAAAUGUCUUACUGCUUUUGAGAAUUGUGCUGGGAUUUUAAGGCAAAUGCUGCUGUGCCUCUUGGAGCGUGCCUUAUUGUUCUCCCAUGCUCCUAAACCAAGGUACCUAAAAUCAAUGGCAGCAGUGCUGAAAAAUAGGUCAGCUUGGGGCUUCCAGGAGGCUUUCCCUGCCGGCCUUCCACCGGUUCUCUCACCUUGGCUGCCAGGCCCUGGUAGUAAACAACAGCUGCUUACCAACCUGACAGAGGAGAAUGCCAAGCUCUGCCUAAGGGACAAAGUCCCCUGAGAAUGGGAGGAGGAGAGCCAGCACCUUUGGUUUAGCAGCACCAGCAAAGGAAGCAUCUUCCUGCCUAGGCGCUCUCUCUCUUCAUUUUGGACCAGUUCAGAUCCCGCUGCAAACCCACACUUGCUCGCCAAUCUUAAGAAAGAAUAAGGAAGCAGAAGGAGAAUGCAUCAGACUUCUGGCAGGUGUGAAAAGCAACAUUGUUCCUGGAUGGAAUUGAGUUAGGAUGAGGCCACACUGUCCACAUCUCCUGCUUUUCAAGCCAAGGUAGGUUUUGGGUAUUGUUUUUUUGCAGGGGUGGGUGGGUGUAGGACACAGGCAGCUGCCUUUAUGCUAUAGAGUCAGAGCAUUGAUCCUUAGACUGGCAGUGGCUCUACCACUACAGCACAAGCCUCUAUGUGCUUCCUCUGAUAAGGCUAUCAAUGGCUACUAGCCAUGACACCUAUGCUCUGUGCGCAAGGUUUCCCAUGUAUUUCUGGUUGGCUGCUGUGAGAAGAGGAUGUUGGGCUAGAUUGCCAUUGGCCUGAUCCAGCAGGCUGUUCUGAUGUGGAUGUUUAUUUUCCCAUCCUUGCCUUAUCAAUUGCUUUGCAAGAGAAGGGCUCGCUUCCACUCUUAAACUUCAUACUGCAAACUCCCUUGGGUGGAGGACCUCUCUCUUUGCAUUUGCUGAUGCUGUAAAAACCAGAUGUUGGGGACCUUUGUCUCCCCACCUCCACCAAUGCUGAAGAACUACAACUCCCAUCAGCCUCAGCAAGCACGGCCCUAUGGCAAGCCAAUCGUUGCAUCUUGUGGGCCAAAGGUUCCACUGCACUGAUGCUGCUGUAUGAUUACUGUCACUGAGCUUCCACCUGCCCUUGUUUUUUUAGUCUCCUAGGUAGCAAAGAAGGCUGUGUUGCUGACGGGUCUCCCCAUGGCUGAGAAGGAGGUCCAGGGGCUGGAGGCCGAAUGCCCCAUCUGCUGGAACCCUUACGACAACACUUUCCGCACCCCCAAGGUCCUUCAGUGCCAACAUUCCUUCUGCAUUGAGUGCCUGGCUCAUCUCAGCUUGGUGUCCCUGGCUCAGAACCGCUUGCAGUGCCCACUCUGCCGCCACCCUACUGUCCUCCCCUCUGACCAGCCCGUCACUGAGCUGCCCACCAACGAGGCCAUCCUGCGCCUGCUGCGCCUGGAGCCCAACCACAUCAUCCUGGAGGGCCGGCAGCUGUGCUUGAAGGAGCAGCGCAAGAGCAGGUACUUCCUCCGCCAGCCCAGGGUCUACACCUUGGACCUGGGCCCAGUGACAGAUCCCAGCAUUGACAGCUACCGUGAGCAAAGCCGCCCAGCCAGCACUACCACUGCCACCACAACCCUGCCCAACCACCGCCGCUCCCCAAUGUGGGCGUGUGCCUGCAACCCCCAGCUCCGGAUUUUCACCUACCUGAUGGCUGUCAUCUUAAGUGUGACUUUACUACUCAUCUUCUCUAUCUUUUGGACCAGGCAGUUCUUUUGGGGGUGGGGGUGA